UUACAGUUCCAGCUCCCUUGAUAAGCACCGCGACACCCCAGGCGGGAAGAGGACACUCAGGAAGACAGGACAAGACAAAAUGUUGGUGGGACGCGCGUUUGGUGGGUUCAAAUUUUGUGGGUGGACGAGGAUUGGCGCGAGAAGCCUCAACACCACCAGCAAAAGCACCACCGUGGGCAUCGUGGGCUGUGGGAAUGUGGGUUCAGCCGUGGCACACAACCUGACGCGCCAAGGCUUCAGGGUAGUGGCGGCCCAUGAUGUGGACUCCGCACGCCUUGCCUCCCUUCCCCCCCACGUGGCCCCUGUCCCCACAGCGCGCCACGUCGCCGCCGCCGCCGACAUUGUGGUUUCAGGUCUGCCGCGCCCCCCGAACGUGAAGGCCGCGGCGGAGGGGCCUGAUGGGAUCCUGGCGGGGCUGACGAAGGGCAAGGUUUGGAUCGACCACUCUACCACCGACUGUGACCAGACCAAGGAGUUUAGCUUGGCGGCGGCACAGCAAGGCGCCCACGUGCUGGAGGCGCCCAUCACGGGGGGGUGGAGGGCGCUGAGGAAGGGACGCAUGGUGGUGCACGUGGGGGGGGAUGAGGAAGUGGCGAGGGCAAUGACACCUAUACUGGAGGCAUCCUACUGCAAGGUGUUCUACGUUGGAGAGAUCGGCACGGCUAUGAUGGUGAAGGUGGUGUCCAACAUGCUAGCCUGCGUCCACGUUAUUGCCAUGGGGGAGGUGCUCAUGCUAGCCAAGCGUUCCAAGCUGGACCUGAGGACUUUCUGGGAGGCCAUACGGGUGAGCGCCGGCAACAGCUUCGUGUGGGAGACGGCGGGGCCCCUGGUAUUCAAGGGCUCCUAUGACCCGGGCUUCACCAUGGUGCUGCAAAACAAGGACCUGCAGCUAGGAUACGAUAUGGCUAGGAAAUAUGAGGUACCCAUGGAUAUGCAUCAAAUGGCCCUGGCAGUGUACCGGCGGACGCAGUACCAGCUGGGAGACGAGGCUGGCUGCUACUCCCCGCCCAAGACCUACGAGAUGGCCCUGAACGAGUCACUGAGAGCGCAAGAGUUCGAUGGGUGGGAUUAUAAUACUGAGAUAUACAAGGGGUCACUGGUUGUCUCUCAUGAUGGACUGGAGGAGCGGAAGGAGUCGAGUCAGUGAAUGAGUGAGUGAUCGAGGCUCUUGUGCACUGGCCAAGGGCAACAGAAAGCGGGGCUAGUGUGUCUUAGCUAUGAAACGUGUCAUAUAUAGGGCAAAAUGGUGCAUUCUUAUGAUAAACUCUGCGUCUGUGGUAAGUCCGCGCCGGAUGCCAAGACUGGGCCCACCCUGUCCUGGCGGCUUAUGACAGACGCUCACACUUCCAAUGGCCACUCCACAUUUCCAGCCCAUGAAUUACCUACCCAGAAAGGGUAGGUAAUUCAAAACAAAAGAGAAAUGAGUAAAAUAUGGUCAUUUGUAGUCCCAUUACCUUCAAGUCUAUCUUCAAAUCACGGAGAAAACGAAGUUGUACCUCACACUUCUACACCCACGCGACUACUGAGCUCGGUUCCUGCCUCUCAUCUUUCCUUUCAUUGGCUGGCGACGGAUGCGUACUUCAACGUAAUUGGUGGAAUGAAACAACCAUACAUCUUUUCAAAUCCUUAAAAUAAUAUUUUUUUUCAUAUAUAUAUAUUUAUUUCUCAUCUGCCUCUCACUUACAAAAGAAAAUCUCACUUGACAAUUUUCUUAUAUUAUUUUACAGCCUUACGUCUACUACGAGCCUACUGCUUAUUUAACUUUUUUUUUCUAACAGGAGAAAAGAAAAUGUAUGUCUAAUUAUAAUAUUUUUAUAUGUGUUAAAAUGUUGGAGAUCAAAUAAAAAUAACUGGAAAACGCACAAACUCUCUCUCUCUCUCUCUCUCUCUCUCUCUCUCUCUCUCUCUCUCUCUCUCUCUCUCUCUCUCUCUCUCUCUCUCUCUCUCUCUCUCUCUCU